AUGUCACGCUACCCUUCCAUGCACACACGCACCCCCAGCUCCGCGUCGGCGUACACGCGGAACGGCGCUGGAGGCAACACGCGCUCCUGGGUCUAUCCUUACAACCAGAACGUUCAGCCUACGCCUCCUCCUCCUACUCGACCCGCUGCACCUCCGCCUCCUAUACCAGUAGCUUCUUUCCCUCUCGCACCUCUUCCAGCAGCACAAUCACUACCUCGUUCACCUCGACCAUUUGCUUCAGAGAGGUUGGUGGAACCAGCAGACCCGUAUCUAGCUCUAGCGCGCCCGGGAGAAGGGAUGCACGCUGCACCUGCAAGACCCCCUCGCGCAGCCCCACCCCCACCAUCCGUACGCUCGCCACCCGCACCUUUCGUGCAACGCACGAUCUCGAGGCCGUUGCCUAAUCCCUAUCCGCGGGCGUUUGAUGGAGGAAGAGGACCGUUUAGGGUUGUCAACACGACCCCAACGCCUGUCAAUGAGCUCGGAGGUGCGAAUGGAAGAGGCACAGAUGGGUAUUUCGCGAUCGACCGCGGGCCCGGUCCGUCCCCCCUCCAGAAUCGUUUCCGCACCGACCUGGGAUCCAAUUCAGGAGAGUCUUCAUCCGCCCAGGGAGCCUCCCAGCUUCGGCCAAAGAAGAAAUCUGUGGUCAAUAGGUUCUUGAAGAGUGUGAAGAGGCUGCCGAACUCGGUGUUUGGGUAUGGUGUUGGGGUGGGGAAGAGGGGUGGGACGAUCACGACGGCGCCAGGGGUGGUGUUUGGGUCGGGUACGGAAGGGAGUACGACAGAGUAUGGGGAGGUGAGGAGGGAAAGGGAGCGUGAGGAGGACCUCGAGACGCUCCCGCAGUAUGCCUCGCAGACGUCGACGCCGCAGGUUGCCCGGCUCGGGACGCCCACGGCGAAUAUCCAUAACGCGCUGGGGUUGCAGAGGCAAACAUCGGAGAAGACGGCGAUGCCCGAUGUUGUUCGCCUGUCCGACUCGCUGUCGAUGUCGAGGAUGAAUAACCUGAGCAGUGGGACGGGGAAUCGUGGGUACCGAAUCCCACCACCCUCAGAGCCCGACACACAUACGAACGACGAGCCUCAGCACCAAGGCCAGGAUCAAUUCGACUCUCCCGCGGAACGGACGACGUACAUGGUGUACGACCAAUCUUUCAACCCCGAGAGAGAUAGAGACGUCGGGAGGGAGUAUAGUCGGUACUCUGGACCGCCACUCCCUCCUCUCCCAACUGUUUCGACUUACGCAAAUAAUCUGCCGAAUAAGACCCCGCCUCCGGUGGUCUCGCGUCUGAGCAGCGCACCGGCGUUGUCGUAUGUCAGCGAGGAGGGUUUGAGUGCGAGGGAUCACGCGUUCUCGGACGAAAACCACACGGAUGAUCCACCCCCACUCCCACCCGCAAUUAAUCCGGUACCCACAACACCUUUGCAGCCCGUGAGGCCGUUGUCAUUCCAAAGUGGAACGCAGAGAAGCUCGGUUACGGAGACAGCGACGGUAAAUGCGAACACGAAUGCAAACGCUCGUGUGUCUAUUGCGUCACAAGCUACGCAACAUACUCCUCAACCCCCACCUCCACGGAGAACGACGCCCGCGGCGUUGAUACCGAGUGCAAUUCGCACGCCUACGCCUACGCCUCCUCGUCCUUCUACCACGCCUCUUCCUCCUGUCGCUGUCGAUGCUCCCCCUGCUUCAGGACCUCCCGCGAUCACGACAGCCGUUCCACCCGCCGCAGGGUGCAUCCACGAACCUGACACGCCCGUCUCCGUCCAGCCCCAGCCCGCGUCCGACUACGCAAAGAUGGGCCUUCCCUCCCUGCGCUCGCAGCCUUCCCACCAUUCACAUUCGCACCACCACUCGCACUCUCAUCACGUCCAUUCCGAUGACGGCUACGGUGGCACCCGCACCCGCACACCCAGUAUCAGUGGGACGUCGUUCUCCUCAGAUCCUUCGUUCUCGUCGCAGCUCUCCCCUGUGGAGAGGUUCUUCAAGGUCCUCUACCACAUGCCGUGGAUCUCGCACGAUCGUGUUACCGUGGACUAUACCCCUGGAGAAGGUGUCGGUGUUCUUAGAGGGUUUCGUGUGGGAGGGAAGGGUUUGAGGGCGAAGGCCUGGGCGGGGAUAAGGGAUGGGAGCAAGGGCGAGAGGGAGAGAGAGAAGAAGCGGAUGGGUGCAAGGAAAAACAAGACUUGGUAUCCUUCCCUGAUGCGGCGCUCGCAGAGGAGCAGUUCGGGGUUGGACUUGCUGAGCAGUGAGGCGUCGAAGAGGAGCGUGCUUGGGCUGACGUUCGAUCACCACGGGGCGGCGAGAAAACAGACGCCUCGACACCGUCAUCACCACCACCAUAGGCAUACGCAUCGACGACGAAAUAUGCACGGGCACGGGCACUCUUCGCGCCACCACCACGCCCAGCGGCAUAAGAGAAGACAGACGACAACGACGCUCGACACGGGCAUAACAGGGACGACGGACGCGACGUCGCUCGCACCGCCGAUGUUCCCUUACGUCUUUCCGGCGUAUUCUUUGAACUAUGCGACGAUGCCCAUGCCCAUGACGCCAGCGGCAAAUGCUAUACCUCCUGCUGGUCCAGGUGGUGCUGGUUCUGGUGGACCUACGACACAGCUCCUUCCACCUGGACACCCUACCCCGUCUCAGCCUCCCAACGCCAAUGCCAAUGGUAACACUCAGCCUCCUCCCGCAAACUCUAGCACUCCCGCACCUGCGCACGCUCUAAACUCGUUUUACCCACCACCACCACCUCCACCACUGGGGUACCACCCGAUGAUGUACGUCUUCCCUCAUCCUCCACCUCCCGCCCACGCCCACGCCCACCAAGCUCCUUCCGCUGCCGCUGCGCUUCCCACUCCGAUUUCUACCGGGGCAAGGGGUGGUGCUGCGAACCCGGGUGGGAGUGUCCCGGCUGUCCUUCGUCCGGGGGCACGAGAGGGGCAUACGCAGGAAGGGCAUGUUGUGGCGGAGGGUGGUGGUGGUGGUGGUGGUUGCACCCCCUGCCGGGUCAGCCGAGGCAGUCGCCGCCGAUACCUGGUGCGUUUGCUUCGUGAGUCUGAGUAUUAG